AUGGGGGGUUUAGGUAAGACCACUCUAGCUAAGAAAGUGUAUAAUGGUGUCAAACACCAUUUUGAUUGCUCUGCUUGGGUUUUUAUUUCUCAACUGUAUGUGCUAAGGGAUGUUUUGAUUGACAUCUUCACGCAAGUUGGCUCUCCAAAUGAGAACAUGAAAUUCGAAAGAAGUAAAUCUGGAAUAGAUAUUUUAGAGCAAAAGAAGAAUGAAAGGGAGUAUUUGAAUGCUUUGCCAGAGCACGGGCUAAUUGAUUCGCUAAAAGAGACGCUGAAAGAGAAGCGAUUUCUUAUGGUUCUGGACGAUAUUUGGACAAUUGUGGCUUGGGAUUUUUUAAAGCAUGCUUUUCCUCAAGGGAAGGAGGGGAGCAAGAUUCUGCUCACCACACGCAAUAGGGAAGUAGCCACAUCCGCUGAUCCAUGGAGCUCCCCAAUUGAGCCACGUUUAUUGACAUUGGAAGAGAGUUGGCAGCUUCUACACCGAAAAGCACUUCCAAGAGAUAUAAUGGAUGAAAAUGGCUGUUUACCAGAGUAUGAGAAGUUAGGAAAGGAGAUGGCUAAAAAAAUGUGCAGGACUACCUCUUGCGGUGGUGGUACUUGGAGGCUUAUUGAGUACAAAAACUACAUUGGAAGAAUGGAAGAAGGUGAUGAGAGGCAUCAAUUCACACUUGAACAAAGUGCAUCUAAGGCAACAAUAUGA